ACUUUAAGCAUCAACGAACACAAUGGCCGAUAUCUUCAGAAAACCAAAAUCAAAAAUUCAAAAAAGGAAAAUUUUAGAAGACGACGACGUUGCUGCUGAUGAAGAGUCGUCAAGAGUUUCCGAUAUUCGAGAUCUUCAACGAUCACGAGAAAGGAAAAAUGGUCUCACAGAAUUAGAAUGCGCAGUUGGAAUUUCAAAAGCUGCAGCUCUCGAGGAUGGAAUUCAAAUGGCUGGUGGCGGAAUGGUGAUGACAAGUAAAAAGAAGGCAGCAAUGGAAGCUGCAAGCAUUGAACAAGGACUCCGAGAACAAUUCGAGAAGGAAACAAUGCUGAGAGAUGAACAUGAAGAAUUAAGGAAAUAUAUUGAUGACGGACUUCAAGAAUAUACAGCUGAUACUUCUAAAAUUGAAAAACAGAAACAACCUUCUUCAUCAGCUGCAGCUAAAUUUUCAUCGCUGAAUGCAGAAGAUCGUGAUGUAGAGCUUUUGAAACAAGCUGCUGGAAAAGUGAAGGGAAAUCAAAGCAAAAAGGAGACAGAAUUGCUUUCAGAGCAUAUGCUCGCAGGAAUCCCAGAAGUGGACCUGGGAAUUAGCACUCGUAUCACCAAUAUCUUGGAGACUGAAAAGAAAAAACGAUUCCUUCUUCAAAUAUCUGCUGCUGAAGCUGCAGGUCUUCCACCACCAAUUGAAGAAUGUGAAGAAUCAAAACCAAAAUAUCGAAGACGUUUCAACAACCAGCGUCGAUAAAUUGAGAUACACAAGUGUUUUUUAUUUAUUUUCCUGUUUAAAUAAAUUCGAUUCAUUUUAUAAA